AUGACGACCACUCUGGUGCAGUUGGUCGCCGCGUUGAUCGUACUGCAGGCAGCCCUCGGCACCAAUCGGCAGAUCGUGACCGGAAACCCGGCGGCGGGAUCAUUCCUGAGCGUGCCAACAACGGUCAAGAGGUACGAAAACGACACCGUGCUGCUACCGUGCUAUCAUAACUCUCCGUAUCGGUAUGUGCGCUGGUCACGGGAUGAUCUGCUGCUGGUGGACUCGCGCUAUCCGGACCUGCGGACACCGCCCCGUAUGCGCCUGUGGCCGAACGGCAGUCUCGAGGUGACGGAGGUACAGACGGAGGAUACCGGGGACUACAUGUGCGAGAUCAUGACCGACGGUGGCAAGGCUUCUCAGCGGCACGCCAUCGAGGUGCAGUAUCAAGCAACGGCAGCCGUCUACCCUGAAGAUCCGAUAGAUAUUCGUGUGGGACAGAUAUUGGAAGUCGUAUGUCAGGUGACGGGAGUUCCACAGCCGUACGUCAAAUGGACAUUACAGAACGAAAAUGCGUCGAUACCGUUUGAGAACGAACGGAAGCUGAGUGUGCUGAUUGAGGAUCGCAGCUUCUCCGGGCCAGUCCAGUGCAUGGCUACGAAUGGUGUUGGCGAUCCGGCUACUGCAUCCGUGGAGGUAUUCGUCCAUUUCGUGCCGGAGAUUGAGGUUAAAAGUCCCACGGUGCAUACGAGGGUUGGUGAGACGGGUAUCCUGGAAUGUCUGGUAACGGCACACCCGGUUGCGUCGAUCCACUGGUUCCAUCACGGGUUGCCGGUCGUGUUCGAUCGGCGUAUCGUGAAGCUGGACGCACUCGUCACCAAGCAUCAGUACUACACGGUGCAGCGCCAUCAGCUGGCAAUUCGGAACCUCCGAGACGCGGACUUGGGCCAGUACGAGUGCAAGGCGGGCAAUCGGGUUGGCAUUGCAGGUGCCCAGCUCGAGCUAACCGGACGACCGAUGGUGGCAAGCUUUAAGCCGGCGGCCGAAAUGUCCUCCCCGACGACGCACAACUUCAUCUGGCAGACGGAAAGCUACUCGCCGCUGAUCGAGUAUAAGCUCAAGUUUCGACGGGUGCCGUCCGGCAAUGUGACCCCGGCGCGGCGCAACUUUCCGCUGCUCGCCUGGAACGAGCUGAUCAUACCGUCGGACGGUUCGUACGGUCCGCUUUAUGCGAUCGGUUAUACGUUGCAGGGUUUGCAGCCAACGAGCGUGUACGAGGUGAUCGUGCUGUCCCGCAACCGUUACGGUUGGAGCGAUCCGAGCAACAUUCUGCGAUUCGCGACCGGUGGCGAGGUGGAGAUCGAACCGGGCAGCGAAGAUACGUCCGCCUCCAUGCUGCCUUCGUCCUCCAUCCAGACGACGGAAACGCUCGAGUACAGCGAAUCGGACCCCGGUGGCCUCGGUGACGGUGGUCUCAUUACGGACAAUAUGAUUCCGAACGAUUUCUUCGAUUACGGCACGGGCGGUGAUGGUGCAGCAUCAGCAUUUGCACCCAGUAGUUUGCUUUUGCUAGCAGUAUUGGCGAUCGUUCAACUUUCCGUAGCAAUAAAACAUUUGUGA